UGCAAAAAGAAGGAAAUAUCUAUAGCAUAGUAAUAUACAGUAUAACUUGUUAGAUAUGCCAGUUGUACAGCCUAUAAUUUGUUUGGCUGACAGCAACCGACACAAUAUACUGCAAUCAUGGAAGUUGUUCUUUGGCGAAUCAUAACCACAGCAUAACCGUUGAUUUAAACGGUGUUAACAGGAGGUCAUCUGCAAACGGUGUUAACAGGGGGUCAUCUGCAAACGGUGUUAACAGGAGGUCAUCUGCAAACGGUGUUAACAGGAGGUCGUCUGCAAACGGUGUUAACAGGAGGUCGUCUGCAAACGGUGUUAACAGGAGGUCAUCUGCAAACGGUGUUAACAAGAGGUCAUCUGCAAACAGUGUUAACAGGAGGUCAACUGCAAACGGUGUUAACAGGAGGUCGUCUGCAAACGGUGUUAACAGGAGGUCGUCUGCAAACGGUGUUAACAGGAGGUCGUCUACAAACGGUGUUAACAGGAGGUCAUCUGCAAACGGUGUUAACAGGAGGUCGUCUGCAAACGGUGUUAACAGGAGGUCAUCUGCAAACAGUGUUAACAGAAGGUCAUCUGCAAACGGUGUUAACAAGAGGUCAUCUGCAAACAGGAGGUCAUCUGCAAACGGUGUACUGCAGACUUCGAGCUGUAUUAUAAACGGCACUGUAACAAGCCGACGACAAGUUGGCUCAUGGUUCUAUAGGAUUAUGCAAUAUGGCCAACGAAGAAAUGGUCACACAGAAACAGCGUAGUAAGCAGAUUGACAGAUAUCUCAAGGAUGAACGGAAAAAAUACAAAGACUACGUCAAGAAAACCAUGAGACUGCUCCUUGUCGGUGCUGGGGAAUCCGGGAAAAGUACAAUAGUCAAGCAGAUGAAGAUAUUACACCAAGGGGGAUAUAGUGAUGUAGAAAGAAAGGAGUUUGUUCACAUUAUUCGUGGUAAUCUUCGCGAUGCAAUAUUGACGAUUACUGGAAGCAUGCAAACAUUACAACCAGCCAUUGACUUAGCUGAUGUCAGUUUACAACCUUGUCUUGACUACAUGCUUGACAACGCAUCAUGUCCAGACUUUCAAUACAACAAGGAGUUUUACGACAAGGCUAAGUUAUUAUGGGAGGAUGAUGGUGUACUUGAAUGUUACACCAGAGCCAAUGAAUAUCAACUGAUUGACAGUGCAGAAUAUUUUCUAAGCAGAAUUGAUGAGAUUCGGGAACCAGACUUCCUUCCUUCUAACCAGGACAUUCUUAGGUCUCGAAAGAUUACGACUGGCAUACUGGAAACUUGUUUUGACGUUAAAAACAUCAAUUUUCAGAUGUUGGAUGUCGGUGGGCAGCGAGAUGAAAGGAAGAAAUGGAUUCAAUGUUUUUCAGAUGUAACAGCACUCAUCUUCGUAGUUGCAUGCAGUAGUUUUGACCUGGUGUUACGUGAAGACCAGAACAAAAACAGAUUACAGGAGUCGUUGGACCUUCAUGAAAGAUUAUGGAAAAACAGAUUUCUAAGGGGUACGUCUGUCAUCAUGUUUCUGAACAAACAAGACAUUUUAGCAGAGAAGGUGUCGAGACGCCAGUCAUCGUUAGUGGAUUACUUCCCAGACUAUGAAUCCUACACACCACCGGAGACAAUCGAAGCUCCUGAGGGAUUGUGUUGUUUUUCAACAAAACAGAAAAGAGCAGCUCAACGCAGACGAGAAUCAACAUUCCCAGCUUUGAACAUCGUGGAAAGUAGAGAGUUCUUCAAGGCCAAGAGUUUUAUCAAAUCUAAAUUUCAGGAGCUUUGUAUUUGUGACACAUUUGAACAUCGCUUCGUCAAACACUGCUAUUUCCAUUUCACCAUUGCCGUCAAUUCAGAAAACAUCAGCAAAGUAUUCGAGUCGUGUAAAGACAUGAUCCAGCGAUUACACUUGGAGAAUUCUGGAAUAAUCCGCUAGCCACUCCCAUCAGUAUCAUACUCAACGUUCCCAUCUUUCAGUGACAUCACGCUUCUUUAUACAUCCACACCGUGGCUUGACUUAUCCGAGAGCGAACCGUCUAGAACGACACACCUCAAACUUGCAAUGCUGUCUUGAUGCUCUACACAUUUAUUAUUGGGUUAAAAUCAAAUCAUUUGUAAAUAAGUGUUUAAACGAUAAUAAUUAUUUUCAAACAACUGAAAUUUGUUUUCGUUUUACGUGUAGAUAGAGUCAAGAGGGGAACACACGACCGCCCAUCAUCCCACACUCAUGACUUAAACGCCCAUUUAGACCAUUAUUCGACCGCUUUUCAGCAUGCUUUCUCAAAUUAAAUAUCAUAUUACCUCUGCUUUGGUGCUCGUAGCCGCCACUGUAGCAUUGCAGCAUCAGAAUGUUAUUCGACAAUUAGUCACCAAAGAAAGUAUAAUAAUAUGGGACAUUUCAACUUAAAAAACACUGUUUGAUAAGUCACGUUGAGGAACCAAGCUCUCUGUUUUCUAGGCAUUAUAAAACAGAACCCGGGUAAAUAAAAAUGGAAAGUUCGGAACGGUACCGGUUUAGAAAACUGGAUCACUUUGUGGAAGUGUCGUGGCCUAAGCUGUAAAGCGUGUGGGUUCGAAUCCCAAGCCACGACACUUGUGUGUCC